UCAGACGACUUUUGAUAGCGAAGCGAAGAAGACGACAACCAAAUUUAGUCACUUGUCCGCGUGAAGUGAAAUCCGUGCAACGAAAGUUUUUUGAACACAAAAAAUAUAUAAGAAACAACCAAAAGAAAUUAGAAAUUUGGUUAGUGCAUUUGUGGAAUUUUUUGUGCGAAAUUUUGAACGCAAAAAAAGUGAACUUGAGUGAUAUUUUGGGUGUUUUUAAUUAAAACAUUAAAAAGUUAAAAGCAAUCAAACGAACCGGUGAAGAAGCGAACUACUAAAAAAGUCAACAUGCUGAAUCAACGUAAGAUCCACGCCUACAUUUUACUAUCCAUAGUGGUCAGCAAUUGUUUGCUGCUCACCUAUGCCUAUCCCCAGCAAGAGCGUCAACAGCAGUUGACCCAGUCGCCAGUUUAUAGGCCAGAAGCGGAGAGCAGAAAAUUUGCCGUCAAGCCAAAUGCAUCCAAGAAGGUGGCUCUGGAUGAUAUUGAGGAUGACAUCGAAGGUAAUCAGAUACAGGACACAGUGGGCGGUGGUCCCGGAGGUUUCACCUGGUCCAACAUGCUGUCCACUGUGAUGACCAUGUUCUUCAAUGGAGCCACCAAUACGGCGCCCACCAAAUCCGAUGAUGUGGAUGGUUCCAUCGGCUUAGGUGGCAGUCCCUGGGCCAAUGUCAUCUCAAUGGGUCUUCGCAUUAUCAACACUUUGUUGGGCGGCGGAGCUCCCAGUGAUGGCAUUGAUAAGGUCGACAAUGGCGGUUCCCCCAUGCAGGGCAUCUUGGCGGCUGUCCUGUCGUCCGUGUUGGGCACCCGAGAUCCAGAUCAAGUCAACUCAAUGGCCAAGCAAGCUGGCGAGUUUAUACAGAUCGUGAUGAAUCUCUUGGACGCCUUGAAGACCUCAUUCUCGCAUCGUUCCCUCACCGCUCGCUCCAUGGGUAAACGUGAUUCAGUCAGUGACGCAGCCGUCGCCGGCAUUGCCCUGCUCAAGGGUUAUGUGAGAACCUAUCGCAACUCGGACGACAAGUGCCUGCAGCGUUAUAUGUGCGAUGCCAACACGGAUUGUGUGCGUGAAAUCGGAGGCAGCAGCAUCUUCUGCCAACUAGGAUCAUAUGCCAGUAGCUAUGUUUUGGGACGCAGCAGCGAUAGCAACACUAGCUUCGAGCAGUUGUACGAUGCCGGACGUAGAGGGCGUUCCGGUUUCGAUUGUCACCAACUUUACCUGGAGUGCAAUGAGGUCUAAGUCGUCUUUUGGCUGUUAGGACUUCUUCUGAAGCCUGCUGCUUCUUAGUGCUUAUGACUGGACUUUCUUUUAAAUUAAACUUAGAUCUUAGCUAUUUAUAUAUUUUAUUUAUUUAAAAUUCUGUAUUUAUUUAUUAAAACCGAUUGUGAGACAAAACCCAAGUUGUGACCAACAACAGAAUUAAUUAAAUCAAUUCAAUCAAA